UUUCAUAAAAUGAAAACGUGACUUAAUAAAAGCGACACAUUUGCAGAGAUCCGUGACCCAUGAGGCCACUAACAGAGCUUCGAAAAAGUUUAAAAAUAGUAAAAUAGUUGGUAAUGAAGUGCCGAAUGGUUUAUCUUGAAUUGCAGCUCGAAAAUUGUUUAUACGUAAAUUUCUGUUAUUAAAACAGAAACUGAUUUCUUAUAUCUUAGUCACCAUAAUUUCGAAAUAUGGCUUCAAAAGUAACACUGUCCCAGGCUCUGGGUACAGAUGGAAGUGAUUUUAAUCAUAGACAAAAGAUUGCUGGUCAUUAUCAAAUCAGCGCAACAAAUAAAUCAAGACUGAAAUAUUGCAUAUUUUUUCAUUAUCUUCUUUUCUUCGUUAUGCUUGCCAAGCUAUCAGCCGAUAUUUUAGACCAUUUGGAUAUAUUUAUUUUGGAGAUUGAAGAAUUACAAGUACCUCAGCCUUUAUGGUGGGAAUAUAUUUGGUGUACAAGUUUGAUAUUAAGUUUUCUUGCAUUGUCUGCUAUUAAAAGAAACAGAAUUAAAACAUUAAAACAGUACAUGAUAGGUAUUAUCCUAUUAGGAUAUGGUCCAUUACUUUAUGCAGUUGUAUAUUAUUUCAAGGAUGUUUGGAAAUAUUUAACUGUUGGUAAAACAAAUGAAAUUCACUUUUGGCAGGAUCUACCAUAUGGAUUAUUAUGGUAUGCAUUUAUUCUCUUAGCAUCUCAAGUUCAUUCUUUUUCUUUGUUCUUUUCCUGGAAUCUUAUAGUAGCUUGGAAAACGCGGGGAAGUAAAAAAGCUGACUAAUUUUAUAAGAAAAUUCUUUGAAAUCUGGCAUAUCUGUGAACACUAUUGGUAAUAUAAUAAUAUAUUAGGCUGUCCCAAAAGUUGCUUUCAUUUUAUAAGAAAAUAAUAAAUGCAUAACAUUUUUUAUUUUAUAUUAUUUUGUUCUAUUAUUAUAAAAUGGAUCAUACAUAAUUCAAUAAAAUAAUAUAAAACAAAAAAUGUGCAUCAAUUAUUUCCUUAUAAAACAAAAGAAUCUUUUGGGACAAACUCAUAUAUACUGUUAAUAAAAAUUAAAACUGAAAAUAUUGCUAAUAUGUAAAUAUGUAUAUAUACAUGUGUUCAUGUACAUUAUAUCAUGUGUAUUUUAUGUAUCUUAAAUCACAUAUUUUGAAACAUUUCAUUUUGUUUUCUUAUAAGCAAUUUUAAUAAUGAAUUGAUAUUAAAAAAGAGAUAAAAGUCACAAUUUCUAUAUUAAAUGCACAAUUCAUUAUGUAAUAAGAGUAAAAUAAAAUUUGAAAUAAAUUAUUAA